AUGGCGGGCUGGUUCUCUUCAUCCUCUCCCAUUGAUGAUCAGGUGGAGAAGGCCACCUCAUCUUCUUUGGAGGAUAUUGCCCUCAACUUAGAAGUUUCAGACCUCAUUCGAUCAAAGAGUGUUCAACCUAAAGAUGCGAUGAGGUCUUUGAAACGACGACUGGAAAAUAAAAACCCCAAUGUGCAGUUAGCGACACUGAAGUUAACAGAUACAUGCGUCAAGAAUGGUGGAACACAUUUCCUCGCCGAAAUCGCUUCUCGCGAGUUCAUGGACAACCUCGUCUCCCUUCUGAAAGCGGAUGGUUCUCCGCUUAACACAGAGGUGAAAGAGAAAAUGUUGGAACUGAUCCAAGACUGGGCGAUGGCAGCCCAGGGCCGUAUGGACCUGAGUUAUGUUGGGGAAACAUAUCGCAAGUUACAAGACGAGGGUUUCCGAUUUCCGCCAAAGACUCAAAUCAGCGGGAGUAUGCUUGAGAGUAGCGCGCCCCCGGAAUGGAUCGACUCAGACGUCUGUAUGCGCUGCCGUACGCCGUUCAGUUUUAUGAAUCGCAAACACCACUGCCGGAAUUGCGGAAACGUCUUCGACGCUCAAUGUUCUAGCAAAAGCCUUCCUCUACCUCACCUGGGAAUAUUACAGCCUGUACGAGUUGAUGAUGGGUGUUACGCAAAAUUAACCUCGAAACCAUUCACACCCUCUGGAUUGUCGGACCGAUCCGCUUUUAAGAAUAACUCUAUCACAAAGUCUACCGUUAUGGAACCGCGUACGGCGCGGGCGGAGGGUGGUUUUGAUGAUGACCUACGUCGGGCGUUGCAGAUGAGUUUAGAGGAGGCGCAGGGCAGAGGAUCUACUGGCUACGUCCCACAGCCGAAGGUUACCCAAGAGCCGCCUCAGGCAUCUAGUCAAUCCAGGAUCGAGGAGGAGGAGGAUGCAGAUCUAAAGGCCGCUAUUGAGGCUUCGCUGCGCGACAUGGAACAACACAAGCAAAAACACGCUGCCGCUCUGAAAAACACCCCUACUACCGAACCUUCCACAUCUCGAGACGCACCUGGCGCGACAUCGUUACCCAAGAAUCCUUAUGAGCUGAGCCCUGUGGAGGUGGAGAAUAUUCACCUCUUUUCCACUCUUGUUGACCGAUUACAACACCAGCCACCGGGUACAAUUCUGCGCGAGCCGCAGAUUCAGGAGUUGUACGAGAGCAUCGGCACCCUUCGACCCAAAUUGGCCCGAAGCUAUGGUGAGACUAUGAGCAAACAUGAUACUCUUCUUGAUCUACACGCUAAACUAUCGACGGUUGUCCGGUAUUACGAUCGCAUGCUGGAGGAGCGUCUCUCAAGUGCAUAUUCGCAGCACUCACUAGGAUAUGGGACCGUUCCCAGCGGCCCGCGGUAUCCUAAUGUGUACCCCCCGAUGCCGCAACAUGCUCCCGAAGGGAAGAGUGGGGUUGAGAACUUCUAUUAUGGGAAUACGGGCGCGGAGAAGCCACCAGUUUCUGGGACCCCAUAUACCCAGCAGCAACCAGAGGGGGAAGGGCUUGAGAGGGCUGGAAUGCGCAGCGGUGCCAUGAGUCCCGGCAUGUACUCACAGCCCCCUCCGGCCAUGCCACAAAAUCUACCCUGGCAUGGAAAGGCACAGGCUGCGUCUCCCCAGAUCUCAGCUGCCAAUACACCUUACCCUCAAAGCCCCUCUGCGUAUCCUGCCCCAGGCGCACCGACACAUUUCUAUACGACCUCCAACCAGCCAGAACAAGAUGUGAAUCCUUAUCAACCUCCUCGACAGAGCGAGGUGGACACCUCUUAUAUGCCGUCGCCUGUGACACGGCGCGAUUCCUUGUAUCAACCAGCUGCACAUUCCAAUGUUCCAGCACCGAGCGUACCGGAGCAGUCACCAUCAGCCGAGCAAAUGGCGUACUUACAGCUGUCAGAGUCCCACCCUAUGCAACCCGGAAGCCAGCCUACACUCCACCGCCAGCCCACCGACCCUGCAGCCCAGUCUUAUUACUACCAACAACAACCUCCCCCAGCGCACCCAGCCACUGCGUACUCCCAGGGGCAACCGACGUAUCAUGGGGCGUAUCCUGUUAAUGAUGCCUCCCCGGUAGGCGGAACUGCCCCUCCUACACAAUAUCAACAACCACCGCCAUCCCGACCCGCAGUUGAAGAGAGCUUGAUUGAGCUGUAA